AUGUUCUUUGGACUCUGCAACUCCCCCGCAUCCUUCCAGAAAAUGAUGGAUAACAUCUUUGUCGCCGAAAUAGAUGGAGGAUGGUUGAUCGUCUAUAUAGAUGACCUCCUUAUUUGCGCCAACACCAUCCAAGAACUUCGAGAGAAAACCUGCUCCGUUCUUUCCCAACUCCGAAAACACAACCUCUAUAUCAAACCCGAGAAGUGUGAAUGGGAAGUCGAAGAAGUCGAAAUGCUUGGAACAAUCGUCAAGUAUGGAGAAGCGAAGAUGUCAUCAAGAAAGAUCAAAGCCAUCACUGACUGGCCAAUCCCCACUACCGUUCACCAAACCCGAGGAUUCGUUGGACUUGCUAACUUUUACAGAAGAUUCAUCCGCAAGUUCUCUGAAAUCGCCCGACCCCUUCACGACCUCACGAAGAAAGAUGCCUUCUUUGAUUGGACCCCUGAAUGUCAAGAAGCUUUUGAAGCGCUCAAGAAAUGCUUCACUGAAGAACCCAUUCUCAUCAUGCCUGAUCAAGCGAAACCCUUCCAGAUCGAAUCCGACGCCUCCAAGUUUGCCUCUGGAGCUGUCCUCACCCAACUCGAUGAAAACGGACUACAACAUCCCUGUGCCUUCUAUUCGCAGUCGUUCUCACCCACCAAACGAAACUAUCAAGUUUAUGAACGAGAACUCCUUGGCAUCAUAUGA